CUCACUUCAUCGAGGCACCACGGAAGAUACUGCAGAUUGGCCCGAUCGGGUCAGAGGGCGUCUCGGCAGUUGGUUCCAUCAGGGAGGAGGUGCCGCGUCCAAGAAAUGAUUUUCCGGGGUAGAUCAACCUCACCAGCCAAAUUCCACCAAUCGGUGCGUCGUCGCCAGGAAACUCACAUGUCCCUCGCGGCAUACGUCUAGGGGCAUCAAGCACCUUCACAGAUAAUAUGUCCUUCCCAGAGAGGUUCUGCAGAAUGUACAAGUACAUAAACCUGUCCAGAGGGCAGACACAUCCUCCCUGACCAUGCCUGACCACCCCAUCCCAAAACAUCCACAAUGAGAUCCCUCUUCACCGUCACGGCCCUCGCCACAACCGCGCUCGCCGCCUCCCGCACCUCCGCACCAGACGACUGCCUCACCGUCUCUGCCGACGGCACAGGCGACCACACCACCGUCCAGGCCGCCGUCGACGCCCUGUCCGCGGACGACCCCGACCCGCAGUGCAUCUUCAUCGCCCCAGGCACCUACACCGAGCAGGUCCUCGUCUCAGACCGCGCCGCCGCCCGGUUCACCAUCUACGGCCACACCGAGGAUGACACCUCGUUCGCCGGCAACACCGUCACCAUCACCUACCAUCUCUCCCAGGCCGACGGUCUGAACAAUGACGGGACGGCCACCCUGCGCGUCAAGGCGCCCAACUUUCGCCUCUACAACGUGCACGUCGCCAAUACAUACGGCGAGGGCUCGCAGGCUGUUGCGCUCAGCGCCUACAGCGAUGCAGGCUUCUACGGGUCCAUGUUCACUGGAUUCCAGGACACCGUGCUCGCCAACGAGGGCACGCAGAUCUACCUCGACACCCAGAUCCUCGGGGCCACCGACUUUAUCUUUGGCCAGAGGGCCGUCGCCUGGUUUGAGCGCGUCGACAUUCGCGUCGUCGAAAAGUCCCUUGGGUACAUCACCGCCAACGGUCGUGACAGUCCCGACGGCGCGUCCUACUAUGUCUUUGACCAGUCGACCAUCUCGGCCGCCGAAGGGGACAAUGUCCCGGCUGGUGCGUACUACCUUGGCCGUCCGUGGCGUGAGUACUCUCGUGUCGUGUUUCAGAACACGGAGAUGAGUGAGGUGAUUAACGCGGAUGGCUGGCACGACUGGAAUGGCGACCCGACGGACAACGUGGAGUACGCCGAGUAUGGGAACACCGGACCUGGGGCUGCCGGACCAAGAGUGAGUUGGGCAAGCCAGCUGAGUGCGCCCGUGACCAUGAGCGAGGUGCUCGGUGCGUAUAAGUGCGCGGGAUGGUUCGACGCGAGCUACUACGCAGGGCAAGGGGCAGAGGUUGGCAGUUCAUGAGGUGUUGCGAUGAAAUACAUGUAUUCACGGAGCUGCGGUUUCUGGUAUCACGCUUUGUAAUUACAAUCGUUCACUAGCCACUAGAGACAUGU